ACGUUCAAGCGCGUCACGCGGUCGGUCACACUCCGUUUAAGCCGUACGUCACGCGAGCUUUUUCAUCAGUUUGAUAAGUUCGGUAAAAGUUCGAAAUUCCAAGUACACGCGUUUUUCGUCUUUAAGUUUUGUUUUAUUCCGCGAUCCAGUCGAAAACAUCUCCGGAAAAUUUUUUUAAAUUUAUUUAAAAUUUUUGUAAUCUCUUAUAAAUUAUAGUCGUCGGGCCAGUUCGUUUUUCCCGCCAAACGUGUCGGUUGUAUUUUCAUAUCAUUCGCUGCCGACUUCUAUUUCUAUUAUUUGGCGAUUUAUUAUUUUUUUUUUCAAUUUUUGUUCGUGAUUUAACGGACCAUGUGCCCUGGAAAAAGCUGCUUGAACGAUCGACGAUAAAGAUGACUGUCAAAUGGUGGUCCGUGCUGGUCGCGCUGGCGUGUUGUUCGAUCCGCCGCACCAUGUGUGCCACCGCCGUCCGGCUAGUGGACCUGCGGCCGGUGCCAUCCAACGAUCCAGGGGCCGUGCCAGACCUCAUCGAAAUGCCCAACCCGGCGUUGGAUCCCAGACCGUCCGACCUGAACGUCACCGCGUUGCUGGCCAAACUGGGCGCCAAGUUCGAUCCGGACUACAUGAGCGUCGUCACACCUGAGCAACUAUUUCCCGUCGCAGACAUUCCCUUCAGGAGGAAUCGUCGUGGGCGAUUGGUGCCAACGGGCAGAAUGCCGGCCGAGAUCAGAGACUUGGACACCAAGUACUUUUCGCUGCCCGACGGUCGGCGGUUGAGGACCAAGAUAUCGAGCCAACUGCGCCGGAAAAUCCAACAGUACCUGUGGGGCCGGACCAUGUGCCCGGUGCAGCGGCGGUGGAAGGACCUGGGACAACGGUUUUGGCCGCGGUACCUCCUAGAGGGCCAUUGUCCCAAGGGCGAAUCGUCGUGCUCGAUACCGUCAGGCAUGUACUGCCGGGCCACCGGCAACCGGUACAAGACGCUGUUGCGGUGGCACUGCCGGAGCGCCGGGCCUUCGACGUUGCUGCAGCAGUACAACACUUUGCCGGGCACCAAAAAUCCGGGUGUCGUCAAUCCCGUAAAGGUGUGCCAGUGGAUCAAAGUGGAGUAUCCCGUGGUUACCGAAUGCGGUUGUGGUUGUGCCGACUCCGAUCAAUAGUCAACCCGUACUUUUUACAACCUCCCUAUUUUUUUUUUUUGAUAUACAAGUCAAACUGUCGACUUGUUGCACACUACUAGUCUUAAUAUUAUGUACGAACACAUUAUUAUUUUUAUUUUAUAUUAUUUCGACCAAUUAGAUUGUUAAGGUUUGCCGGACGGCCGAAAAUCAUAUUUGUUCAUAUCCAAAACGAACACCGUUAUGUUAAAUUGAAAACGAACAGUCUUAUGAGUUUUGAUACUAUUUGAUGGUUUUUGAUUGUUUGACCGCAGUACACUUUAUGAUAGUGCGUGGCUGUCUCGUUGAUAGAGUAAUUAAUAAUUUCCGUUUAUGUAUUAUAAUAUUAUCUGUAUUCUUGUGCAGAGACGGACUGGAAACUUCACAGGGUCUUAGAAUAAAUGUUAAUCAAACACCCGUAUAUCGCGGGUGAAAUUCCAUAAUAUACCGGUUUCUAAAAUACUUUUAUUAUUUAGUUAGAUUUUUAAGAACCUAGCUAAAAAUAUCUGUCCGUCUCUCAUCUCGCAAGAAACACAUACAGAACUGAAUAGUUUUUUUUUUCUUUUUACCAAAUUUGAAAACAAUUUUGGUAACUGUCAAUCGUUUUGUUUCGACUUUCUUCGUAAUUUUAUAUUUUAGGUUUUAAUCACUCAAAUGUCGUAUUGUGAAUCAUUUUUGUUUAUCAAACCCCAAGUUAAUAUACCAAUUUUUUGUGUAAUUAAUUUUUUUUUUGUAUUUAUAUAACAAUUAUAUAAUAAUCGUAAUUUAUCUAUUUUAUACAAAACAUUAUUUUUACGUCCCAGUAGAUUUAUAUAUUAUUUAUUAUUGUGUUUGUAAAUUAUUUUCCACUAUGUACAUAAUAAAACAUUAUUAUAUAUAUAUAUAUAUAAU